AGACCGACCCCCCCCAACACACACAUACACCCCACCCUCCCUGAUCCCGUGGGACUAUCCACUCGGUCUGCACUGAAGCAACCCAGUCACCGGGAGUUGGAAGCAGGUCCGCAUUGACGUUGCCUCCCAGAUGGCCUCCAGGCUGACCUCGCUGACCCUCCUGCUGCUGUUGCUUCUGGCUGGGGGCAGAGCCUCCUCAGACCUGAAGGAUACUGACCAUGGCCCUGCAGAUGCAGAGAGCCUGCCAGAGGAAGGCAAAAGAAACACCUUAAAGAAAGGGAUCCCCGAGAAUCAACCCAUUCAACCCACCGGGGGCAAAGAAAUAAAGGAAGAGGUUCCUGAGAAUCAACCCAUUCAACCCACCGGGGGCAAAGAAAUCUUAGAGGAAGAGGUUCCUGAGAAUCAACCCAUUCAACCCACCGUGGGCUCUUCUCCCACACCAACAACCAACUCAGCCAUCCUCAUAGCCAAUAGCACUUUGCAAAGCACCUCUCAGCCCGGCAUUGAGUCAACCACUGAACCUACCCUCCCAACUACCCAGCCCACUACUGGGCCCCUCUGCCCGGAGCCUGACACCUACUGUCCUAACUCGGAGGACCCUUCAGUAAGGACCACGCUGCAGCAGGCUUUGGUAGAUUUCUCCCUGAAACUCUACCAUGCCUUCUCGUCCGUGAAGAAGCCCGAGAGCAACAUGGUCUUCUCACCUUUCAGCGUUGCCAGCCUGCUCACACAGGUCCUGCUUGGGGCUGGGGGCAACACCAAGAAAAACCUGGAGACCAUCCUCUCCUACCCCGAGGAUUUUGCCUGCGUCCACCAGGCGCUGAAGGCCUACCCAUCCAAAGGCUUCACUUCAGCCUCUCAGAUCUUCCGCAGCGCAGACCUGGCCAUAAGGGAUGCCUUUAUGAAUGCCUCUCAGAAUGUGUAUGGCAGCCCCGGAGUUCUGGGAAAUGACAGUGAUGCCAACCUGGACCUCAUCAACGCCUGGGUGGCGGAGAAGACCAAUCACAAGAUCAAGCAGCUGCUAGACAGCCUUCCCUCCGACACCCGCCUGAUCCUCCUCAAUACCGUCUACCUGAGUGCCAAGUGGAAGAUACCAUUUGAACACAGAAAAACCAAGAAGGAGCCCUUUCACUUAAAAUCCUCUGUGAUAAAAGUGCCCAUGAUGAUCAGCAAGAAGUACCCAGUGGCCCAUUUCACUGACCCGACGUUGAAGGCCAAGGUGGGGCAACUGCAGCUGUCCAACAACCUGAGUAUGGUGAUCCUGAUACCCCAGACCAUGAGGCACAGUCUCAAAGAUGUGGAAAAGGCCCUCAGCCCCGCUGUCUUCAAGGCCAUCAUGAAUAGGCUGGAGAUGACCAAGUUCCAGUCCACUUAUGUGACGAUGCCCAGAUUAAAACUCAGUAGCAACCAGAACAUGCUGACAAUCAUGGAGAGCCUGGAAUUCUACGACUUUUCCUAUGAGCUCAACAUGUGCAGGCUGACGGAGGACCCAGACCUUCAGGUUUCUGCGAUGCAGCACCAGGCGGCGUUGGAGCUGACGGAGGCUGGAGUGGAGGCUGCUGCAGCCUCGGCUGUCUCGGUGGCCCGCUCUUUGAUGGUCUUUGAGGUGCAGCAGCCCUUCCUCUUCCUGCUCUGGGACCAGCAGCACAGGUUCCCCAUCUUCAUGGGGCGGGUGUAUGACCCCAGCAUCUGAGACCUGCAGGGGCCAGUCCAGGGCCAGCUGUACCCGGUCGCAGCCCCCCACCCCUGCCACCCCCUGCUGCCUGCCUGAACUGGUCUCCAGCCACGUCCCACCUCUGGUGACCUCUGUCCUCCACCUGAAGGGCACCUUCAGAGUCUGGUAAAGGGACUGCCUUCUAGCAUCCCUUCCCUGUGACUCUCCAAAAUGCUUUUUUGCAGCUUUCUCUGGUUCAAGUUCACUAGACUCUACAAAAUAAAAAUUGGCAAACCACGA